CAUACAGUGAACGUCUGAAACGCCCCGCGCAUCGCAAGCAUAACACGCGGCAUGCGAUGCUGAAACACUCAGCUGACUGCGUCCUCACGAGUAGAUGGUGUAAGUGCUAUUUCCGUAGCAAUAAUAAGUAGAUGGUGAGCUGCAUAGAAGCCAUUCUGUAUUUACUCUUUACUGAGUCUGGACGAGAAAAUUAAUUUGUGAGAUAGAGUUUCUUAGUUUGGACAACGUCUGAUUUUCUAGUAUGAUUUUGUGAAUUUCACUCUGACUUGAAACUAUGUUAUGGCUGGUUGUGUAUACCAUGGGACGGUUUUAGAAACUGUAGCGUCUCUCUCCUUCAACUGCGUAUAAGGCAAACCAAGGUCGCCACUUUUGAACGACAUCUAUUUUGAUGCAGCGCCGAUGCAGGAGGCUGGAGUAGCGGGACCGGAUCUCGACAGACAGGCUUGGAUGCGAGGAACCAUGGAGGCAGACGGGACGGGCAUGUCGGACGACUAUGUACACGAUUUUGAUCUAGAUCACCUGGAAGAGGUGGUCAAGCGGGAGAUAGAGGCCCGCAAUAAAUUCGGUAGUUUGUCUUGUGUUGUGGGAGACAACGUCUCCGAGACCAUACCUGUAUCCACACAGUCUGUGCCUUUAGGAGCUGCAAUAGCAGUUGAGUCACAGCAGCACUUACCAAUGCAUAAUGGCAUGUCAAAUAUGGGACCGAACUCAAGAAAACAGAUAGCCCUAGCUGCCAGUACCCCCGGAAAUGCCAUGGGAAAUCCUCCUUCUCCAGCUUUCGGGGCAAUGCCGACAUCAACUUUAGCUACUCCAACCAUGCCUCCAGUCUCCGUGGAUUCCAAGAUACCUAAUCAUAUGGAUGAAAAUAUGAUGUGGUUUUCUCAGACAUUUCGUUACGGAGGAAUGACCCCUCACAAACCCCUCGACCUAAGGCCACACUGUGCAGCAGAGCUGGACAAUUGGCUUGAAAAAAGAGAAUUUUCUGACGUGUCAUCGACUACCAUGCACCAAGAACUCGGUCCACCGCGUUCUUUGGGGGGAUUUUCUAAUCAGAUCUCCUGCUCGCCUGCUUACCAGUUGGACGGAGGAAGCAAUUCUGGAGGCGGGUUAUCUACAGAUCAGGAGCAGUCCUCGUGGCAUUUAUUGGAAGACGACAUUCUGACUACAUUGACUGUUAGAGAGCUGAACAAGCGAUUGCAUGGAUACCCACGGGAAGAAGUUGUACGUCUCAAACAGAAAAGACGAACGUUAAAGAACCGGGGUUAUGCCCAAAACUGCCGAAAUAAGCGGCUAGCCCAGAGGCACGAACUAGAGACCAAAAACAGAUUACUUCAGGCUGAAAUAUUUCGACUUCGUCAAGAACUGGAGAGAGUAUGUCAGGAGAGAGAUUACUACAAACAACAAAUAAAUGGGGCUAAGAAUCGAGACUGUUCACAGAGAUCAUUGUCCAGUGUAUCUAGUGGUGCAGCAAGCAACCCCAGCUCUCCCGAAUUUUACUUAUGAUUGAAAAUAACAUAUGGACAACACUGAAAAGAAUCAUUGCUGAACAUAAAAAGGCUUUCCUACCCCACCGGCUCUUGGAGAUAAUUCUCAUGAACUUUGUGUUAAUUUCGUGUUAUAAGGCUGUUACGUUAGAUCAUCUAUGUAUGGCAGACAAUAUGUGUAUAAUCGCCAGAAAGAAGAAAUGGUAAUGGU